UAUUUAUUUAUCAGACAGAGGGGAACAGAGGGAGAAAGAGAGGAAGAAAAACAUCAACGUGUGGCUGCCUUCUGCAGCUCCCCACACCAGGGAACCUGCCUGACCUGCAACCUAGGCAUGUGCCUGGCUGGGAAUCAAACCAGUGACCCUCUGCUUUGCAGUCCAGUGCUCAAUCCACUGAGCCACACCAGCUAGGACUAGUAGGACUCUUAAUGUGACCCUGUAUGCCCAGUGAGGCUCGGCCUGCCCAGGCUCCAUCCUGCUUUGAGCCCUAGGUCUCUGUGGCUCCCUCUACCAAAGGCAUCUUUCACUCUUUCUUCAAUUCCCCAGCAGAUGGAGCUGACUCCCACCUGUCCCCAGGUGCCAUUUUUUCCAGACCAGUUAGGCCCCCUCUGGGGGUUCUUGCAACUUCAGUCCCUGUUUCCUGACCUGCUAUUUGCUUUGAAACAACAUUAAUAAUUUCUUAUGCUUUUUCAUUGCUCACUAGAUUGCAGCUACAGGGAGGAUGGGGCUUGGGCCUCUCUUGGGGCCUUCUCUCUGUCCCCUGAGGAUCUAGCUCACAACCAGUGCUCAAUAAAGGCUCAUCCAGGUCUGGGUGGGGCAAGGCCACCCCUCCUUCAUCUGCAGCCCAGCGGCUUUGUUGGAGCACAAACGAAGGGCCAUGGGGGUUGUCCUGGUCCCGCCCUGGGGCUCACCUGCCGGAGGAAACAGGAACCACCAGGGCGUGGCCCCGCCCCGGCCCUGCUGACGUGUGGGCCCUGAACCGAAACCCAGGCUCCUGCAGGCACGGCACAGGCACACCCAGAGCGAGGGCAACAGCCACCCAGGGGUCUCCCAGGUGACACCUUCCCUCUGAGGAAGCCAUGACAGAGACCGGAAAGCUGCCGCCACCGCUGCCUCCGAGAAUGGACUGGUUCGUGCACACACAGGUGGGCCAGCUGGCCCGAGAAGGAGUCCCUUCGUGGUUCCAUGGUGCCAUCUCCAGACAGGAUGCAGAGAGCUUGCUGGAGUCACAGCCGCUGGGAUCCUUCCUCAUCAGGGUCAGUCACAGUCAUGUGGGCUACACGCUCUCCUACAAAGCCGAAAACUGCUACCGCCACUUUAUGGUGAAGCUCUUGGACAGCGGGAGCUUCAUAAUCCCUGGGGAGGACAGCACCCAUGCCUCGCUGGACGCCCUGGUCACCUUCCACCAACAGCAGCCAAUGCGACCACAUGGCGAGUUGCUGAAGCAGCCCUGUGGGCAGAAGGAUCCAGCAAACGUGGAUUAUGAGGAUCUCUUCCUUUACUACAAUGCUUUGGCUGAGGAAGCUGCCAGCUCCACCCCUGGUCCCAGUGAACAUCAGAAUCCUUCCUCCCAUCCAGUGGCUGCACCCAAGGAGGUCUCUGCAAAGCCGGCCCUGCUCCAUCAGCGAAAGGAAAGGAAGCCAUCCACAGAGGUGAACAAAGUACCCAUAGAGGGAGCUGCUUCCUCCUGCCCCCCAAAAGCCCCCCUGGAGGAGGCCUGUCAGAAACUCUGGAGGAACCUCAAGGCACUACCCCAGACGGGUAAGAGGGUCCAGCAGCAGCUGAAAUCCCACCUGGCAGCUGUGAGCUUGUCGCCGCUCCAGGACCCCAAGCAAUCGGAGGUGACUCACAGCUCAGGGGACCGGGCAGAUGUUGGGAUCCGGGACAGUCGCAUCUACACAGACCCCUUGGCGGCCACAUCGCUCGAAAGCCCCUCACAGUCCCAGGCUCCAAGAGACAGAGAUGAGUCCUCCAGGAGGGCCUCAAGGUCAACCAGCUGGGGUAACGUGACCUCGAGAACCAGGGGAUGGCACCAACCAAUAGUAAGAGCCCUGUCCUCACAAUUGUCUACAUCGGAGCUGAGGGACUUGGCUGAGCCCCAGGAGGACUGUCUCCCCGAGGAGUACCGCCCACCACCACCCUUUGCCCCUGGGUACUGCUAGAGAAGAGGUUCACCCUGGCUCUGGGACCAUUGCUGCCGAGGGCUGCUCACACCUGGACCCCUUGCUUUCUACACACCAGCCCUCUGGACCUGAGAAAUGUAAUAAAGACAUUGCUUAGGUCUGGUCCUGCCAAUGCCAA